AUGAAUACAGGAGGACAUAGGCCUAUUACUCGAUCUAUGACCCGUGCUUUACGCUCUUCAGUUGGAUCAUCUAGUUCUCAACCUACUCAACAAGUAUCAGAGGUUACUCGCUCUAGACGUGGACGAAAAUCGAAAAGUACAUCAGUACGAAUCGAAACGAUUGAACAGACUGAACAUGCUGAACAAACACAUGGGCAAAUUGAAGUAAGCAUUGGCAUACCUGUUAGAUCUGCCUUAAACAAGACAAAUGCAAAUCAUUCAAAUAGAAGAACAAAUAAGAAGAGCAUAAGAGAGAUAGAAUAUCAAAUAGAUGCUACCUUGGAGAAAAAUAUAGAGCAAAUAAUUCGAGAAGAGAGAGUAAACUAUUACAUGGAUAUUUGGAUGAAGAAACUAGACAAGAAUGAGUUGGAGUUAGCGAGUAAAGAUUACAAAAAGGAAUUGAUUUUAUACAUUAUAUUAAUAUUAGUAGGAGUUGUUCACGUGAAUAAAAUAAUUGGUAAAGUGUCUUGA